GCCAUCUUGGUUCCAACUAUGUUUUCAGGAACACUCAAUAAAUUCAUGACAUUCGAAUUUGGCCCAAUUUUACAUCAACAAUAACAAUGAUAAUAUUUAUUUAUAAAAAACAAAAAAUAUAUGAAAUUAAUUGUUGAUAAAAUGAUCUAUCAUUGAGAUAAUUUUGCCGCCAUGUUUUAGUAAAAUUAAUAAUACCACAUUAAUUGUUUUUGAAACGUUUAUUAACACAAAAUUGUUACAAAAAAAAAUCAUGAUUUAUCAUGAGUGUCAUUAGCUUAUGCUCCAAUUAAAUCUGUGCCUUCAACAGGAACAUUUCUAUGGAAAAAAGAUAAAUAAAAUGAUAAUGAAAAGAUUGUGUUUAUGGAAAAUUUAAAUAAAUAGAAUCAUCACUCUGUCUUGAUAGCAACUGGUACUGUGAAUGCACGAACAACUGUUCUGACCAGCAUGACAGCACUGUAAUUAAAAAAAAUAAUAAAUUAAUUAGCUGUUAAUUAUAAACAAAAUGAUGAUUGUUAAUAAUUCCUUUACCUCAAUGCAGCAAUAACACCAGCUGGCAUUAUUUUACCAGUUGAAUAAUAACGAUAGCCCAUCAUUCCACCAAGUGUUGCUGAUGUACCAAGUAAAACAUAACAAUUCUUUGGAUCUUGUGUUGUUUGAUAUGCUCCAUAACCCAGAACAGAACCAAAUAAUACUCCAGCAGCUAAUGAAGGUAUUGAUUCUAAAAAUUUAAAAUAAUUUUCAUUGUUAUUUGUUAUUGUUAUUUAUUGUUUUUUAACCAACAAAUUUUGAGGUUGUUUACUUGAUUUUACGUAGCCCAUUAUUCCACCUCCAGCAACAGCUGCUGCAUAGCCAAAUGAUGCAUAAUCAAUUGGCAUUUUGAUUUAUUUAUACAACAAUUUAUUAUAUUAACUCGUUGCAAUUGUUGUGCUUCAAUUUGUUUUUAUAUAUGCGAAGUUAAUUUUUAUUUUCACUGGAAUGGGAACAAAGUUCAGUCUGAACAUUGCCAUUUAUCUUUUUUUUUUUUUCAUUCUGCAAAGAUAAAAAUAAACAAGAUAAAUAUAAUUCUAGAAUCUAGAUGAUACCAUUAUUAAUUGAAAAAAAAAAAUAAACUCCAAUUUGAUAAAUAAUUUAUAUCAAUACUUGUUACAUAAUAAUAAAUUUGAUGAUAAUUUUUUUUUUAUAAAAAAAAUAUUAAAAGAUAAAUUAAUAAAUCAACAAUUUUAUGAUUAAAAUUUAAUUAAAAUUUGAUAAUAAUAUUUAAUAUCAAUACAAAGAAUUAACCAAUAAUUUAUUAUCUAGAAUAGUUAAUGUUUUAAAAAAUUACAAAAUGUUUAUUAUCAUGUUUACAAAAUCAUUAUUGGAGCAUGACAUAAUUUCCUGGACUCGUGAUUCUCUGGAUGACAGUGCAUUUAAUUCAUGUAAAACGAAUUAUCGUGUCAUGAUAAUUCAAUUAAACUCAAGAUAAAUAAACGUUGAUAACUUGCAGCUAAAGCAAGCUAAAGUAUUGAAUUAUAUUUUCAUUAUAAAUUUAUUAUUGUUGUUUAAUUUUUGACAAUAACAAAAGAGACAAUGUUGAUCAACACUGGAAACAUACUGUCAUUGAAUGAGCUCAAACUAAAAGCUGGACAAAAUACUCAAGAAGAGAUUCUUGAAGCACUUAAAAUAACACUGAGAAAUUCACACAACAAUGAUGACACCAUUAAAACAAUCAAUGGAGUUGAUUCAAUUAAUUUGGGGACUGUUGAUAGAGAUGAAUUAAAAAUAACAGCUAAAAUAUUUAUUGCUUUUGCUGAUCCUGAUAUGCUGGAUCAGGCUAUUGAAAAAAUACUCGAGGUAUUUAAAACUGACAACAUUGAAACACUUAUUCUUGCUUAUGGAGAAUCAAAAAUAUCAGCAAAAGAAUUAAAUGCACUUCAACAAUUAUGGCCAGUUGUUGAGAAAUAUGUAAACUCUGGAAAAUUGUCAUCAGUUGGUGUAAGCAAUGUUCAUACAGAAGUAUUUAUUGAUCUCUAUCAAUGGUCAAAGGUAAGACCAAAUAUUGUCCAGAUUAAUCUUGCAACAUGUUGUGUUGUUCCACCAGCACUUCAAGCAUUUACCAAGGAAAAUGAUGUACAACUGUUAACUCACAAUGAUCCAUAUCAAAUUCUUGCCAAAGAUAGUAUUGUUGAAUUGUUUGGUGACACAUCAAAGCUACAAUGGGUCGUCAAGUAUCAAGUCCAUGUCAAGUGUCGAGGAGUCCUUUCAUCAAAAGGAUAUCUUGUUCAACUUGACAAAUCGAAUGCUUGAUAGCUUCAAUUGUUCUUCAUCAAACUGAACAAAAAAGUAUUCUAUUCAAUUUCGUAUUUUUUAUUUUUAUUUUAACAAAUGCCUUUAUACUUAAAUUGAAUAAUCAACGUUACAUAUUUUUUUUUUUCGAAUUUAUUAUUUCUACACUAUUAUUUUGUUAUAAAUUUUGAUAAAUUUGAUAGUUUUUUAUUUGCUAAUUUACGUUUAAUCAUGAGAUACAUGUUUUUUUAAUUUUACAAAUAUAUUUUUGUAAAAUAAAUUUGAUGAUUUUUUAUCAUCACAGUUCAAAUGAGCAUUAUAAUAGAUGAAAUUUAUUUUUUUAUAAAUUCAUUGCAAUUAUAAUUGUAUAAAUAAAUAGAUAAAUUUUACAAAAAAUUAUUAAUUCUAUUAAAUUGAAAUUUAACAAUUAAAAACUUAAAUAAUUUUUAUUCUUUUUUAAAAAUCAUUAUUGUUAUUAUCAGUCUAUAAAAUUAUUGACAUUUCAAAGUUAUAAAUUUACAAAAGAACCUGAAUAAAUCAAUCAUAUGUAAAUUAAAAAAAAAAACGUAAAUUCAAACUAAUUUAAAAUUCACAAAGUUUCAAAGAAGAAUGGACACAACGAAAAAGAAAGAAAUAAAAAAAAAAUAUCUUUCUGCUCUUUAUUUCUUAUCUUGAUUUUAAAUUUUGCAUGUUAAAUUUUGUGUACAAUAUUAUUCAAUGAAUACUGGUAAGCGUUAGUUACACCUGUUUUCGAAAUCGAAAUAUUUAAAAAGCUACAAAAAAUCAUUGAUAAUUAUUUAAUAUAUAGUUAAAAAAAUAAUAGUAGUUAUUAAAAAAACACAAAGAUAUCUU